GAUGCUUACAUGCUAUAUAGAAAGGAUAGAAAGGAAUAUGAAAGAAGAGUGCGAGAACAGGCAGCCAAUAAUCGACCUUAAUUUUUAGCAGCCACUGUGUUCCUUUCACUUUUAUAUAUACUCUUUUGUCCCUUUUUUUUUUUUACUUUUUUUUUCUCUUUUUUCCUUGAAAAUAAAGCAUAUACACCCAUUUAUAUAUAUUUAUGACAACUCGUGAUAAAUUAGAACGGGGAUCACUGUCAUCAUUUAAUGUUCCUCAACAGUACCAUUUACCCAUCAGUUUGCUAAGACUGCUAUGUCUGAUACCAGCGACAUUAGGCGCCAUCAACAAUAUAAGUCGAGCAAUGACAUCACAGCCUACAGUGGAUCAUUCAGGUCUAUUUCAACACAAGAGUACUCCUUUUGUACACCUAGUGGCCCUACUAUGGUGCAUUUUGUCUGGAUAUUGGAGUUGGAUCUUGACAACCAGCAUGCUUCGAAGGUGGCUUCAUCGAUAUGAACUAGGUAGUGCCAUUGUUCGUCUGAUCACUCUGACAGUGAUCAUCUGGUCAGUAUCUGCAUUUCUUAGUUCUCAUUACGGUAUUGAUCAGCCCAUUUGGAAGUGGAUGGCCGUUUGUUUCAUCUUUUUUGUCAGUAACGUGCUCAAAACGACUUUAUCAUCCAACAAGUACGAGCUAGCAAAUGGUCAGCCACCACAGCAUAAACUAAACUAUAGAUCGACAUUUGUCAAAGUGCUUGUGCUACCCCUGACUGUAGUUGUGUUUAUCACCAUGUUUGCCUCACUUUAUCAAGUUGGACAGAUGCGUAAGCAAUCAGCAGUACUGCUGGCGGAGAAGACAGUCUUGCCGACGUUUCAAAAGCAUCCUCAACUGCCCGAGGCCGAAGUACGUGUGAUGGUGAUGGUUCUGUCUGCUUGGACAGCAAAGAGCUUGGACAAGAGAAAAGUGUUUCGUGAGACGACGUUGAAACUGAUGCCCAAGAAUAAUGAAAAGAUCUCAUACUUUUACCGUUUCAUCCUUGGACAGCCACCCAACGAGAAAGUCAAGGCAUCGAUGGGACCCUUGAUUGAGCAGGAACAGGAAACAUAUGGUGAUGUGCUGCUACUACCGUGCUCAGAUCUUUAUCCAGAUCUUAGUCAGAAGGUGUACCACGGCAUCGAAUGGGCCGAGCAGUAUGAUUUUGACUAUUUUGUAAAAACUGAUGACGAUAUCUUUGUUCGAUGGGAUACACUCAGCAAAGAACUCGAGCUCGCCGGUCGUACUCAACGAUACUGGCGAGGAUUGGCUUAUUGGAAUAUUCCACCUAUUCGUAGCACAGAAAAUAAGAAUGGAGAACUAGUCUAUCCACUUCCCAUCUUCCCACCUUACACAGCAGGAGCAUUAUAUAUCUUAUCACGCGAUGUUGUACAUAUGAUUGCAGGUGUUAAGGGGCCCCGCAUGUUUGUGAAGAACGAAGAUCAGAACCUGGGCAUCUGGCUGUUUCCAUUCAACAUUGUGCCUAUUCAUGAUCGACGCAUUCAACAGAUUGAUGUCUGUGAGGAAGACAUGAUUGGCAAACACUUUGGCGACUUUGGUGAACCAGAUGCGAUUGGAGGUACAAUGUACGACAUGUUGGAUAACUUACAGAAGGGACGUAAGAUGUGCGCUGGAUUCAAGACAUCUGUAUGUGCCAUGUGUUAUCCUUGUCACGGCAAAGCAAACCAUUGGAGAGACUGGAACUUUGAUUGUGAUGACCGAAAAGGUGUGACCUUGUUAAGUUUACCUCAAUUAACAGUGAUGGAAUAAGCAAACAAAAAAGUAGACUCUUUUUUUUAUU